AUUACAAGCAUGAGAUCCCUCAGUUUAUUGCUGCUCGGCGCCAGCUGCGCGCUUGUCCUUAGCUUAGCAUACGCACAUCCACCCGAAGGUGUUUGGAAGAAAAAGUUGAAGUGGGUGGAGGAAUGGGUUCCCGUUUGGAAAACAGUCAAGAAAGAAGCCUGGGAAACUAAAUGGAAGAAGAUUCAGGUGCCUAUUUGGAAAGAAGUUAAGGUGCCCGUGUGGAAAGAGGAGCAAGUUCCCGAUUGGAAAAUAGUAAAGAAGCCAAAGAUCGAGGAACGUGAGGUGCCUGCCUGGAAGGAAGUCAAGGUAGCUGACUGGAAGAAGGUAACAAAACCAAUUUGGCGCGAAGUGCAAGUGCCGAUUUGGAAGGAAGUUAAGGUGCCUAUCUGGAAGGAGGUUCAGGUGCCAGUGUGGAAAGAAGUUCAAGUUCCAGUUUGGAAAGAUGUACAAGUUGCAGACUGGAAGCAAAUGUUUGAGCCACAAUGGGUUAAAAUGGGUAUUCCCGGUGAAAAGUUCCUCGGCAAAGAUCACGAGGGCUGGGAAUACACCAGUCACGAUCUGUGGCGCAAAAAACUGAUUUGGAAGCCUGUGUGGAAGAAGAUUUGGCGCACUGAGAAGAAGCAAGAAUGGCACACAGAAAAGAAACAGGAAUGGCGCACCGACAAAGUGCAAGACUUUAAAAUCGAAAAGAAACAAGAAUGGGUCAAGGACAAGAAACUCGAAUGGAAGGACGAAUGGGUGCAAGUGUGGAAGACGGUGAAGAAACAAAUUUGGAUCAAGGAGAAACGUGAGACAUGGAUUGAAGAGAAGGUGCAAAUCUGGCGCACUGAGAAAAAGCAAGUGUGGGCCACAGAAAAGAAGCAAGCCUUCAAGGAUGAAUGGCAGUCGGUGAAGGUGCCUGUGUGGAAGGAGGUUAAGGUGCAAGAGUGGAAAAAGGUGUGGAAGCCAAUUUGGGAGAAGGUUUGGGUGCCAGUCAGCCAUGGACAUGGCUGGGACUAAGCAGCGUUGGGGGAAUUCUAUUUUAGCAACCAGCAACCGCAAACUAUGCGACAGCACUGAUAUCUGAUAACUGCCCCCAUCCAAGGCGGUCUUCUCUGCCACCAAAUCCACACACACAUACAGGAAUAUAAACAUAGACAAGUUACAAGUGCGCUUAUUAAAUCACACUUUUUUAUUUGUUUGUGUAAUUGUAAGUCAUAAAAAGCCGGAGCGCACUUUUUGUAACGCUA